AUGUUAUCACGUCCACAGAAGCCAACAUUGCGUGAUUUCUUAUUAAUACAUGCACAGACUCGUUCCCAUUUAUGUAUGGCCCAGGAAGUUUUUGAUCCAUGCGAGCAAUUAUCACAAUUAACAUCAUUUGAAGAGAGUACGUUAAUGUCAUGGUCAAUAGAUUCGAAUGUUGACCGAGGUCUUAAUCUGUAUAUAUUGCUACAUUAUUUGUCCGCUAUCAAUGAUAAUUCUUGUUAUUAUCAUUAUGUUAAUAAUGGAAAUCCAGAUGGUACAAAUAUGUUCGGACAUGUUAUAGGAACAUCAGGUAGUGGAAAAUCAUCGGCUUUAACUCUUCAUAUGGAUGCUUUGGGUCGAACUUUAGCACAAAUGGAUAUCAAUCAAGAAUACGUCCAAUAUCCGAACAAGAGCAACAAUCGAGGGAAUAAUUUAUCAUUUGAACAACCAUUUAUUAUUUCAAAUGCAACGGCACUACAUGUAUAUCGAAGUUUGAUUUAUGGCAAUCGUUUAUUGUGUUCCACGGAAUGUGAUACAUUACUGUCUAAUUUGGGUGCAUAUGGUAAUCAACACAACGACCCACGUUUUGCUGAAAAUGUCAAUAUGCUUAUUCAAAUGUUCGAUGGUACUAAGCAUCAAAAUCGAUCAACCCUAUCCACAUCAUACAAUAUUCCAGAAGGACGCCGUGCUUCUAUUAUUGGUGCAAGUGUAGGUGAUCCUUAUGCUCGUGUAUCUCAACAACACUACGAAGGGAACGGUAUUAGUGGUGCUCAUAAUCGAUUUACCCAUUAUCCAUGUCCUAUAAUGAAAGCUAUCAAAACCAAUUCUGGUUCAACUGGUGUCAUUUCUAAUAUGGUUCCAUCUCUUCAACAUGUCUAUACAGUUUCCAUAUUACUUGGAAAAGUUGAAUAUGUGGCAAGACAAAAUGUAUAUGAUAAAUCCGAACGAAAACAAAUAAAUAUGUUCAAUUCCGACAUUGAAGACAAAUGGAAUCGAUUGCGACCUAUGGAUAAUCGUCAAUAUUGUCAUUCACCAUCACAAACUGAAAUUGAACUUGAAGAACCUGAAGCUGAUGCCACAUCUGAACGAAGCAAAAGUGCUUUUUAUUAUAUGUUUAAUCGAGUUUACAAUCAAUGGCAAGAGGCAACACUAACAGAAAAACAAGAACAUGAGGCCAUUAUCAACUUCAAAAAUUCGACGAAAAUUCCUCGGUGA